AUGUUGGACAAAAGGUUAAACACAAUCAGCACUGAAGAUUUGGUCAGCACUCAACAGAGGGCCUCUUGUGUGCUGUGUCCAUGCCCUCAGCUGACAGCUUAUUGGACUCCUCCCCCCUCUUGCCCUCGACGUGUUUGCUGCUGCGAGUCAUGGGGAAAGUUGCCAUUUUGUGGCACUGGCCUGUUCCGUGAUGCUAAAACCACUUGUGUCUUCGUGUGUGCUCUCCUGGCUGCCUACUAUCUGAUGAUGGACAUCAUCCUCUUCACCAGGUUUCGCACCGUCAGCGUGCUGGAGGACUCCAAGCCUGGCCAACCCAAUGAGAUGUUCUCACCCUUCACCCACUUGUCCAUCAAGGAAGUCAUGUGCGACCCCACCAGUCAGUACAUCAUCAGCCCUACAGCCGAAUACUUUGAUGUGAUCACUAACUUCUCCAGUGUCUUCAGCUUCAUCAGCCCCAACAUGAUCUCCAUCAGCCACUUGCUGGUGGCCCUGGUGGCGGGCAAGUUUGUGGCCUCAGAGAACCUCUAUGACCGCAGGAUUGGGGCGCUCCUGUUCGAGAUCCGCAUCUGGCUGGAUGCUUUCGAUGGUGUUGUCUUUCGGGCACAGAACCAAAAACAGCUGCAGUUCAAGUCAAUUAGGACAUCUCUGGGCUAUUAUAUGGAUAUCACCUGUGAUGCUUUUGGUGGGGUGUUUCUGUGUUUUGGAAUUCUCUUUUACCUGUUCAAGAGAUUUGAUCACUGCAAGCAGGAGCUGCCCACAUUCCUCAACCAGGAUUCGGCAAACAAGUCUCUCCUUCCCACCAACGGACAUAGCUCCAGCGCUAAAGAGACCUACAGCAAGAAAUAUCUGUUCUGGAAAGUUUUUUGUUUUGGCAUAUGCCUGGCUUUUGCUGGCAAGUUCUGGGAUUUGGCGGUGGAAAAUUUUGAGAAUGUAUUCCAAGUUCCACUGAAGGAUCCUAAGAUGUCGCAAUUACAGUUUGAGAUGUCCCACUCCGUUACAACUAUUGUGAUUAUUUGCCUUUGGAGAAUACUAGAAGCUCAAGCCCUGCUUCAGUAUGUGCUGAUUCCAAUUGUUAUAGACAGAAUAUGGGAAUUUCUCAACUACACCCAGUAUGUCCUGCUGAUGAUGAUAUUUGCUCUGUACUUGGUCACCUGGCUAUAUGUACAACAU